AUGGGUUUGUCUCGAAGACGAAUAGAUGUGGGGAUUCCUAUGGAUGUGGUGAUGGAAGAGAUCCUCACGAGACUGCCUGCUAAAUCCCUGAUGAGAUUCAAGUGCGUCUCAAAGCGUUGGUCAUCGCUCAUCAGCUCACAAUAUUUCAAGAACCGUUUCCUGACGGUACCAUCCCAUCCGCGUCGUCGAAUUUACAUGUGUUUGGUGGAUGUCCGUGACAAAAGUUACGAUGUAAUGCUAUCAUUGUCUCCAGACAGUACUAGUUCCUCCUUUGUAGUUGACCACGAUCGGCCCAUCCGACGGAUACGAUGCUUCAUGCACCAAAAUAUUGGUGGCUUCAUGUGCUACAGCACGUUCAAAAAGGUGCGGAUUUUUAACCCUGCCACCAGACGGCUUGUCACCUUACCCGCCGCCAUCGAACCCAUACCAGCUCCUCCAGAUGAAGCUGCUGAAAAAGUAGUCGAAUACUAUUUCGGACACGGCCCUGUUAGCGACCAGUACACGGUGGUCUGCUCAACCGGUGUCUACUUGAACAGUCCGGAAUGGAUAAGACCAAUAAGGUCAGAGGCUCGGGUCUAUGUCCUAAAACCUGGGGGAGGAGGUUCCUGGAAAAAGGUGGCUCUAACUCCACCGGCCUUUCUUCCUCACAUUCCGGCCAGAGGAGGAGUGUGUAUCGAUGAGGUAAUAUAUUACGUGGGUUGGACUUGUACGCAGAUAUCUAUGCUUGUGAGUUUCCACAUUAGAUCCCAAGACUUGAAAACGAUCCAGUUACCUACCAGGGAGGAUGACGCAAAUUGCAUGAGCAAAGUGAGUGUUAUAGAGUAUGGUGGCAAAGCAACUAUCAUUGACCAAACCAAUCUGACAGACAAGGGUAUGCUGGAUUUAUGGGACCUCGACGGUAAAAACAAGUGGUCCAGGAAGACUCUUGUUGUGCAGCCUUGUCAGCUACAUUUGGUCAGUAACAUUGAUCAUGGAUUCAUGGUCAAAGGUACCUCUCAAGAUGGCAAGGUUUUCUUGAUACCAAAGGCUUUGUUUUCUCCCUUUCACAUUCUCUCCUAUGAUCUUCGAAUCAAUGAUAUGAGAAAGAUCGAUAUCAAAGGUGUACCGGACCAUUGGUUUAGCAAGGACAAAUCCGCCGUUAAGGUCAUGUUGGUGGAUGACAGUGAGAGUCUCGUGUCCUUGGAGACUUGA